GUCCCCUCCCCUCCCUGAGAGUGUGUGUCAGUGACCCAGAGGUGGUGUGAGGCGGACGGACCGUCGGGGGGCGCCGCCGCUGCCGCCGCCACCAGCAGCAGCAGCGCCAACCGAGCGGCACAGUGGAAUUCGUCCCCAGCCCUCGGGGAGCGCAUCACAAAGCAGCCCCCACACCUCUCCUUGCGUCUGCGGCUCCUCAGCCCUCGGCUCUGCGGUCAACUUCCCCUCACUGGGCUCGGCCGGCUGGCGCGGAGGGCAGCAGCGAAACGGCGGGCUGUCUGCUCGCGCUCCCCGCGCACAACACUUCACCCUUUUGCCUCGGGUGUCGGGGGCCACGCUUGGAUCACGGCCACCAGCAAUUGUCCGGAAACAAGUUAAUACGCCCGUUUCCCUAAGAGGGUAAACUGAGGUCAUGGAAAGCUCUCUAACUGAUGGAUACGCUUGAUCUUCUACCGCGCCUGGUGUCUGAGGAUAUGAAAGCAUUUACGAAGAGGAACCCGUUCUCCAAUGCCCCGUGGAAAAGUUAAAGAUGCUCAUUUUACUUACAGGAAAUAAUGCAAAAGGUGUCCCAAAGCUCCUGACCAGUGAACAAAGAUUUGAGAAAGACAGCCAAGCUCAUGUUUUCUCCUGAUCAAGAAAAUCAUCCAUCUAAAGCACCAGUAAAAUAUGGGGAACUCAUUGUCUUAGGGUAUAAUGGGUCUCUCCCAAAUGGCGAUAGAGGAAGGAGGAAAAGUAGGUUUGCUUUGUUUAAAAGACCUAAGGCAAAUGGGGUGAAGCCCAGCACUGUGCAUAUUGCUUGUACUCCUCAGGCUGCAAAGGCAAUAAGCAACAAGGACCAGCAUAGCAUAUCAUAUACUUUAUCUCGGGCCCAGACUGUGGUGGUUGAAUAUACUCAUGACAGCAACACUGAUAUGUUUCAGAUUGGCCGGUCAACUGAAAGCCCCAUUGAUUUUGUAGUAACUGACACAGUUCCUGGAAGUCAAAGUAAUUCUGAUACACAGUCAGUACAAAGCACGAUAUCAAGAUUUGCCUGUAGAAUAAUAUGUGAACGGAAUCCUCCCUUUACAGCACGGAUUUAUGCUGCAGGAUUUGACUCAUCAAAAAACAUCUUUCUUGGGGAAAAGGCUGCCAAAUGGAAGACAUCAGAUGGGCAGAUGGAUGGCUUGACCACUAAUGGCGUUCUUGUAAUGCAUCCACGCAAUGGGUUCACAGAAGACUCCAAGCCUGGAAUAUGGAGAGAAAUAUCAGUGUGUGGAAAUGUAUUUAGCCUGCGUGAAACCAGAUCAGCUCAGCAGAGAGGAAAAAUGGUGGAAGUUGAAACCAACCAGUUACAAGAUGGCUCGUUAAUCGACCUCUGUGGUGCAACAUUGCUAUGGCGUACUGCAGAAGGCCUUUCCCACACUCCUACAGUGAAGCAUUUAGAAGCUUUAAGACAGGAAAUCAAUGCAGCACGACCUCAGUGCCCUGUAGGGUUCAACACACUAGCAUUUCCUAGUAUGAAGAGGAAAGAUGUUGUAGAUGAAAAACAACCAUGGGUAUAUCUAAACUGCGGCCAUGUACAUGGCUAUCAUAACUGGGGAAACAAAGAAGAACGUGAUGGAAAAGAUCGUGAAUGUCCUAUGUGUAGGUCUGUCGGUCCCUAUGUUCCUCUGUGGCUUGGAUGUGAAGCUGGAUUUUAUGUGGACGCCGGCCCUCCAACCCAUGCGUUUAGCCCGUGUGGGCAUGUGUGUUCAGAAAAGACAACUGCCUAUUGGUCCCAGAUCCCUCUUCCUCAUGGUACUCAUACUUUUCAUGCAGCCUGUCCCUUUUGUGCACAUCAAUUGGCUGGUGAACAAGGCUACAUCAGACUUAUUUUUCAAGGACCUCUAGACUAACAGACCAUUGUCCUCCAAGACUACAUUAUAAAUUUAUAAGCUAAGUGAGUUGGGUUUUCAAACUUGUCCACAUCACAGUUUUUCUGCUCUGGUCAUUUGCAUUAAGAUGAAGAAUUUUUUUAAGCAUUUAUAAUAAAUAGUAGCAAUUUCUGAGCAAAAAUCUGGGAAACUCAAGCAAAGGAAUUUCUGAAAGCACCAAUCUUCUGAAUUCUGAGUUUUGAAAAUAUAUUUUGAGGAGAAAAAGACAUAGUCUAAUUUGAUGCCUUCCUUUUAGUGUUUUUGAAUCACCCAUCCUCAGUGCUGAAAUUGUUUUGUAUAACUGAGGGUACUGUUGGUUCAAACUAUGUUAGUUUACAGUUUGUUGCAAACAUUGUAAAAUACAGCAACAUGUAUAUUAACUCUUUUCUAUUUAUCUUUAUUAUAGAAAAUACCUUAGAAUGUUCUUGAUAGAGUAGCAUAGUAACGAUGGUGGCACACCCUUGGUGUGAAUGGUAGCUUAGUGAGCGCCUAGCUUAAGGAUUUGCAAAGUUAGGAAGAAGGACCAGAGAGCGGACCAGAGAGCCUCUCUCCCCAGCCCAGUCUAAAUAAUUUGGUAAAUUAGAAUACUUUGUAAUUUGUAAGACCAAAUUCAUAUUAAUUACCAUUGUGUGAAAGGUGUUUGUUUUUAACCACAUUGAAGAUAAUCAGGAAAGACUUUUUCUUAAUGUUUCUCUCAAGCAUAGUACUAUAACAAAAACUUAAUGCUAAGAAACAUUUUAUAUGCUCCUUUGAAUAUGCAAUUUAAUCUAGAUUAUCUAUUUUUCUCCCAUGAUAACUAAUCUGUUUGUAGUAUCAGCAGCAUUUGGCAAGUUUAUUUUUUGGAUAUAAACUGGUUCAUCUGUUCACUGUUUCUAGAAAAAAGUCCUUCCCAUAAGAAAAAGUAUAAAUUAGCAAGAAAGGAGAGUGACAUGAUUUGCCUUUAGAAAAAGAAAUGCUUAAGUAAUUAUUCUGUUUUUGGCUUUAUUCAGGCAUUAGGAAAUCUAGAGAUCUAAAGGGUUGAAUGACAAUAGUGCCCCCUUUUAGCAGACCAGCCUUAACUCUGGGUUUGAAUCCUAAGGGAUUGCCACAGUGAGACUCAAGUAAAUGUUUGCUCGGCAGAUGCAGCUGAGCACCAAUGACUGCAGUGUGGAGUGACCACUGCAUGGUCUGUUUUCUAAUUCCAGUAUGUCCUUUGCUUCUGGAAGCAAAAACAAGUUUCUUCUUUCCCCUCCUUCCCACCCUUUUUUCAAAGGCACCACAAGUAUAGACAGUUGCACUACAUCAAAUCUUUUUUUGACACUUGUAGAAACCAGUACACUUUUAGAUUAGACAGUCGUUUAAUAUUUUGAUUUGUUUUCCUUUAGUUUGAAAAGUUGUAUAAUACUUAAUUGACUGUAGCAAAGUUUUAUAUAUGGUAGCAUAGCUUUACUUUAUCCUAUUACAACACUGUUCUGAAUUUUCUUUUGGUUUUUAAAAAAACAAAACUUGUUGCUUAGAAGCCAUGAACUAUUUUAUUUUACUUCAACUGUUGAAAUGUCCUUAUUUUUAAAAAUGAUCAUUUGGGUUCACUCAGGAAAUGCAUGUCAGGAAACUUGUAUUAUAAGUUUAUUAGUUGUGAUGUAUCAGUAACUGCUGUUACCCCUUUUUCAAAGAAAUGUAAUUGAUUUUAAAGUUUUCUAGAUUGUCACAUGCUUUGUGACUAAUGCAAGGAAAUCAAGGAAAACCUGUGUUGUAUUUGUUCUAGUCAUUUCUAUUCAGGCUAUAUGUUGUAGCUUGAUUUUUAUUUGCAAUUAAUUUAUUUAAACUAAGUAAAUACUUUUCAAAAUAGA